UGAAUUUUAUUCCAAUGUCCAAUUCAAUCAUCUUCCCCAUCCCCACAGCUUGCGGCUACAGCCGAGAGCCGACGAUUGCUUCACCUCACUCCAGUUUAUCAAAUUCUAUUCCAAUUCAAUUGGCGUAUCAUCUCUACUUUUCUCGCUGACUUGCUGUGGACUCUCUCUCUUUACCUUUCAUCUCUUCAUCUGUCACAUCCACGAUAACCAUUUCCAUUAUUUGUGGACUGUAAUUCCCACUCCCCAUUUCCCCCCCUUCAAUGUUCGAGCUUCUUCUUUAGCUAAAUACCCGUCUUUACAUCUCUUUCAGUCCCACCCCACUAUGCGUUUUUCCCUCAGAUUCCCAAUCCUCAUAUUUAUGCCGAUUUGCGCGGCUUCCAUACUCGAGGAAUCCGACAACAGAAGCUUCCCCUUCCCGGUUUCAUCUUUUCUCCGCCCGCUCCUCCACAAUUCUGGUUCUGAUUCGGGGGAGCAGAAAUGAAGCCCUUGAGGCUCAACGUUGGAGGGACUCUUCAGCUUUUGCGGGGUGUUGCUUUGGAGAAGCCUUUCCUUAUUUAUUUGCUUCCUCUAUUUCCUCUUGCUUGGGCUUUCGACAAAUGGGUUUUUUCUUUCUCUAAUUGGAUUCCCCUAGCCUUUGCCGUAUGGGCGACCUUACAGUAUGGGAAUUAUCAACGCCACCUACUUGUGGAGGAGCUAAACAAAAAAUGGAAGCAAGUUAUAUUGGACACCUCGCCCAGUACACCAUUGGAGCACUGUGAAUGGUUGAAUAAGCUGUUGACGGAAGUUUGGCCUAACCACAUCAACCCAAAACUUUCAUUAAGGUUCUCUACUAUCGUUGAGAAACGACUAAAACACCGGAGGCCAAAGCUUAUUGAGAGAAUAGAAUUAUUGGAGUUUUCUCUAGGUUCAUGUCCUCCUGGCUUGGGCCUUCGUGGAACUCAAUGGUCAACUUCUGGUAAUCAGAGAAUCAUGCGCUUGGGUUUUGAUUGGGACACAAAUGAGAUGAGCAUCAUGUUGCUUGCCAAGUUGGCCAUGCCAUUUACUGGAACUGCACGGAUCGAUAUAAACAGCAUUCACAUAAAGGGUGAUCUUCUCUUGAGGCCAAUCUUGGAUGGGAGAGCAAUUUUGUAUUCGUUUGUUUGUACUCCAGAAGUUAGAAUAGGAGUUGCUUUUGGAAGUGGUGGAAGCCAAUCAUUACCUGCCACAGAGCUACCAGGCGUUUCUUCUUGGCUGGUUAAACUUCUAACUGAAUUCAUAGUAAGGACAAUGGUUGAACCUCGACGCCGCUGUUUCUCAUUGCCAGCAUUUGACCUGAGUAAAAAGGCUGUUAGUGGUACAAUAUAUGUGACAAUAAUCUCGGCCAGUAAGCUUUCCAGGAACAGCUUGAGAGGAAACUCUUCAAGAAGGCCACUGAGUACUUACAUGAAUAGUCCAGAAGAAAACUUAACUGAUAAAGAAGAUCUGCAGACAUUUGUCGAGGUGGAACUUGAUGAGCUAAGUAGGAGGACUACUGUAAGAUCAGGCUCCAGCCCUGUAUGGAAUUCAACAUUCAAUAUGAUUUCACACGAAGAUACAGGAACUCUUCGGUUCAAUGUUUAUGAGUCUAACCCAAGCCAUGUGAAGUAUGACCAUCUAGCUAGUUGUGAAGUAAAGAUGAAGUAUGCUGCUGAUGAUUCCACAACAUUUUGGGCUGUAGGAUCUGACUCUGAAGUAAUAGCAAAGCAUGCUGAGUUUUGUGGAAAAGAGGUCGAAAUGGUCGUCCCAUUUGAAGGCAUCGAUUGUGGGGAGUUAACAGUGAAGCUUACUGUUAAAGAGUGGCAAUUUUCUGAUGGUUCACAUAGCUCGCACAAUUUUCAUGUUAGACCUCCGCCAACUGUUAAUGGAUCCUCAAAUUUUCCUUCAAGAACUGGAAGGAAGAUCGCCAUUACCAUUGUUGAAGGAAAAGAUCUAAGUUUGAAAGAUAAAGCUGGGAAGUGUGAGUCAUAUGUAAAACUGGAAUAUGGGAAGGCUCUCCAGAAAACAAGAACUGCUCUUUCUUUAAAUCCUAUUUGGGAUCAAAAGUUUGAGUUUGAUGAGAUUGGAGGUGGUGAAUACCUCAAGAUAAAAUGCUUUGGCGUAGAUAUAUUUGGUGAUGAAAAUAUCGGUAAUGCACGAGUAAAUUUGGAAGGACUUCUUGAAGGAAUGGUCAGGGAUGUGUGGGUCCCCCUUGAAAAAGUUAACUCAGGAGAACUAAGGCUUCUGAUAGAGGCAAUCAAGGCAGAUGACUAUGAGGGAUCAAGGGGUUCAGCCAUAAGCUCAAAUAAUGGUUGGAUUGAACUUGUUAUCAUAGAAGCUAAGGACUUGGUUGCUGCUGAUAUCGGAGGGACAAGCGAUCCCUAUGUGAGAGUACAAUAUGGAAACUUGAAGAAACGUACGAAGGUUAUGUUCAAAACUCUGAAUCCUCAUUGGAAUCAGACCUUAGAGUUCCCUGAUAAUGGCAGUCCCUUACUGUUGCACGUGAAAGAUCACAAUGCUUUACUACCUACAUCAAGCAUUGGCGACUGUGUUGUUGAAUAUCAUAGAUUGCCUCCAAACCAAAUGGCUGACAAAUGGAUACCCCUUCAAGGGGUGAAAAGAGGAGAGAUCCACAUCCAAAUUACAAGAAAAGUUCCUGAUCUAGAGAAAGAGAGAAGACUUAGUUCAGAAUCAAGACCCGCCUCAGAUUCCGAAUCAUCCUUUACCAAAGCACAUCAAGUUUCAAAUCAGAUGAAGCAAGCAAUCGGCAAGUUUCGCUCUUUAAUUGAGGAUGCCAAUUUCGAUGGACUUUCGACAACUUUGAGUGAACUAGAAAGCCUGGAGGAGCUGCAAGAGGAAUAUAUACUACAACUCGAAACUGAACAAACGCUUCUCAUAAACAAGAUAAAGGUCCUUGGUCAGGAAAUUCUUAAUUCUUCUUCUUCAACGAGUAGGAGAAGUUCUGGAAAUUGAAACCACUUCAGAUAGGUACAUAGUUGUGUAAGAUUGAUGAGUAUAAGGUUAGGGCUUCUGUAUGAUGCAUAAUUAACCAGCCUUGUUUAUGAUAGUAAGCUUAUUGUAAACUCAAAAACUGUACAGUUUAAGGUUGGAGAAUAUAGUAGGUGUAAAUUGAAGUGAUCUUGACUGCAAUUUUGAGUUGAGAUUGCAAGCAUUCUUAAUUUCAUAUGUGAUAACAGAA